CUUUUGUACUGAAGUAUAGCUUUUUAUUUGCACUGUGUACAUACAGUAUAUUUUGCUGCAUUUACAAUUGUCUGCAGUAGCCAAACAGUACUCAGCGCUCACGAUAGCUUGGGGUCGAUCCCUUGUUUGCGUCCCGUUAGCCCGUUUGGCAUGCUUUAGCUUACUCUGGAUACCUAAAGCUUUAUCAUUGCUGGGCGGCUUCGGCCGCCGGCAAGCAGUAGGGCGGCAUGGCAGUCGUGGCGUCAAACGCGCAGUUGCGGGCCAUGGAGGAUCUUCUUCCACAGCAGGAGGACCUGCUGUAUGAGGAGGAGCUGGCCCGGAACCCGUACAACUUGAAAAUGUGGCUUCGUUACAUCCAGGCUCGCACAGAGGCGAGCCCCAAACGGAGAUACCUGCUAUACGAGCGAGCUCUUCGGGCUUUGCCAGGAAGCUACAAGCUCUGGUACGGCUACCUCUCCGAGCGGCGCCUAGCGGUUCGCGGCUUGCGGCCGGACCACUCUGCCUACGAGGCGCUGAACAACACGUUUGAGCGGUCGCUGGUGUCCAUGCACAAGAUGCCGCGCAUCUGGCUGGACUACCUGCAGCUGCUGAUGGAGCAGCGGCUGGUGACACGCACGCGGCGCACCUUUGACCGCGCGCUGGCCUCGCUGCCCAUCACGCAGCACGACCGCGUCUGGCAGCUGUACCUGAAAUUCAUCCACACCCCCGGCAUCCCGGUGGAGACGGCCGUACGGCUGUACCGGCGCUACCUCAAGCUGGAGCCCACGCAUGCGGAGGAGUACGUGGCCUACCUCAAAGCCAAGGGCUGCUGGGGCGAGGCCGCUCGCAAGCUGGCCGAGCUGCUGAACGACGACACGUUCCGCUCGCUGGAGGGCAAGAGCAAGCACACGCUGUGGCUGGAGCUGUGCGACAUCGUGACGAAGCACCCCAAGGAGGUGGCGGGCAUGCGGGUGGACGCGAUCAUCCGGGGAGGCAUCCGCCGCUUCACGGAUGAGGUUGGUCGUCUGUGGACCUCCCUCGCGGACUACUACAUCCGCCGCAGCAUGUUUGAGAAGGCGCGCGACGUGUACGAGGAGGGGCUGUGCUCCGUCAUCACGGUGCACGACUUCUCGCUCAUCUACGACGCGUACACGCAGUUCGAGGAGAGCCUGCUGUCCGCCAGCAUGGAGCAGCUGGCGGGGGAGGACGAGGAGGAGGGCGGGGCGGAGGAGGGCGACGACGGCACCGACUUCCUGCUCAAGGACGACGGCAAUGACGUGGACCUUCGCCUGGCCCGUCUGGAGCACCUGAUGAACCGGCGGCCCGAGCUGCUGUCCUCCGUCAUCCUGCGCCAGAACCCGCACAACGUGGCGGAGUGGCACAAGCGCGUCAAGCUGUUCGAGGGCAAGCCCACCAAGCAGAUCCUCACCUACACCGAGGCGGUGCGCACCGUGGACCCCGACAAGGCGACCGGCAAGCCGCACUCGCUGUGGUGCGCCUUCGCCAAGUUCUACGAGCGGCACGGCGAUGUGCCCAACGCCAGGAUCAUCUUCCAGAAGGCCACCGAGGCCCGCUACAAGUACGUGGACGACCUGGCCCAGGUGUGGUGCGAGUGGGUGGAGAUGGAGCUGCGCCACAGCAAUUUCAAGCGCGCGCUGGACAUCAUCAACCGCGUGCUCGCCCCGCCGCAGCGGCCGGCGCGCAUGACGCAGGAGGAGGAGCGCGCGCUGCCGGUGCAGGAACGGGUGUACAGGAACCUGAAGCUGCACCUGAUGCACACCGACCUGGAGGAGAGCCUGGGCACGCGCGAGUCCACCUGCGCCGCCUACGACCGCAUCCUGGACCUGCGCAUCGCCACGCCGCAGGUCAUCCUCAACUACGCGCUCUUCCUCACGGAGCAGAAGGCGUUUGAGGACGCGUUCAAGGUGUACGAGCGCGGCAUCGCGCUGUUCAAGUACCCGCACGUGAAGGACAUCUGGUCGGCCUAUCUGGCGGCGUUCGUGGAGCGGUACGGCGGGAAGAAGCUGGAGCGCGCCCGGGACCUGUACGAGCAGGCGAUCAAGGACGCGCCGCCGCAGGAGUGCAAGUCGCUGUACCUGGACUACGCCAAGCUGGAGGAGACGCACGGGCUGGCGCGACAUGCCAUGGACAUCUACGGGCGGGCGCUGGCGGCGGUCCCCAAGGACCAGCGCAAGAGCGUGCUGGACGUGUACGUCAGCAGGGCCUCCGACUUCUUCGGCAUCGCCAAGGUACGCGAGAUCUACGAGUCAGCGAUCGAGGCGGAGCCGCCCAACGACUUCUCCGAUGAGGACGUCCGCGAGCUGUGCACGCGCUACGCCGCGCUGGAGACCAAGCUGGGAGAGAUCGACCGCGCGCGCGCCAUCUACGUGCACGGCUCCGCGGUGAGCCACCCCGACCGCGCGGCGGACUACUGGGCCGCCUGGCGCGCGUUCGAGGUGCGGCACGGCAAUGAGGACACGUUCAAGGAGAUGAUGCGGAUACUGCGGUCGGUCAAGGUGUCCUUCAGCCACAUGCAAAUCAACUCCAUAGUGGAUGCCGCGCGCAUCACCUCGCGCGCGGAGGCGGAGGCGGGCAUUGGCGCAGCAGGCGCCGGCGGGCCGGGAGCCAAGCGGGCCCGUGAGGGCGCGGAUGCUAUGGCGGAGCUGGAGGCGGAGGCGGUGGCGGCGAUGGGGCUGGGCGCAGCGGCUGGCGGGGCGGGAACCGCGGGACGGACAGCGCUGUCCGGGUUUGUGUCGGCGGGUAUCAUCCAGCAAGGCGGCGAGAAGGACGGCAGCGCGGCAGGGGGCCAACAGCAGCGCAAAGCGGCAGCGGCGGCGGCCAACCCCGAGGAGAUCGACAUCGAUGCGGACAUGGACGAUGAGGGUGGUGGUGGUGGCGAGGACAUGGAUGUGGCGGAGAAGGCGGUGCCCGCGGGCGUGUACGGCUCGUUAGCAGGGUUGGCUGCCAAGGGGAAAGACGGUGUAAGUGAUGCUGGAGGCGAAGGUGCACAGAAGAAGCGGCGUACAUAGGACAAUGAUCGGCAUAUGGGCGGAGGUUUCUGUUGUUUGCAUAGUUGGGACUUGGCUCUUUUGUAGGUGGCAUUCUGGCUCACCCUAACGGGCAUCUCGUAGCCACUGUGAGCCGUGGCCGUGCCGUGCGACCACGGCGAUGCACCUGCCAUACUCAAAUGUAAAGCAAAUUUUACCCUUGUUCAUUUAUUAGAACUUAGCCACUUACAUUAUAAGGAAUAGUAACCUUGCAACUUGUAAACCCGUGCCCUUCAUAAAGCUGUCACGGUUAAGAGUCCUAUAAAAGGCCUGUCCAGCAAUCCAAAUGUGGAGUAAAAAAUAACACUUUACAUCUUUCACAAAUGUAAAGACGAUACUCGGUCGGAAUGCAUCGCGGACAUCAUCAGCCCUUGAACGUCGGGGAUGCAGAAGAUGGGGCUACAGCGGGCCGUCGUCAUGCUGUCAGCACAAAGGUUGCGCAUUUGCUACAAGAGAACUGGCUGCUUAUAGCCAUGUUUUUGGUCGUCCCAACGGUGUUCAUGGCCGUGAGAACUAUACGUGUUAGGCUGCGGUACUCCCAGCCUGGGCUUCCUAGCAGCGUAAUGGACCUCCCCACCUGCAGCGAACGGCUUGCGGCUUUGGAACUAGAUUUUGGCGAUACCGGCUCCAUGCGACUGUCAGUCAGCAAGUAUGCUCUUGACCGGCCUCACGCAAGCUGACCUCUUCAAGGUCACAGUCGACUCCCGUUCCAACCGCAUGCUCAUCAUGCCCAUCUUGCACCCCCUGGAGGUGCCCGUACGCGCCAUGAUCCUGCCGCUCCGAGAUCACGUGGUGUCAGGCAAGAUCCGUGACGCCGUACGGCAGCUCUUGAUGCCGGUCCUGCCCGAGGGCAGCAUCUGGCUACAAGACGAUGCGCUUUACCACGCAACGCUCUACCAUGCCUCAUCACACGCGAAGCCUAUCCACGCCAGCCGGGAGGUGAUUGCGGAGGAGGAGCGCAGCAUCCGCGGGGUGUGCGGUGCCACCUGCCCCAUCGACGCCGUGCUGGACCGGGUGGUCGUGACAACUACAGGUGUGGUGGUGGCCUGCUGGCAGGUGCUGCGGGGAGGCGGCGAGCCCGCGCUGCUGCGCUCCGCCCUGGGAGCCGCGCUGCCCAACGCGCCCCCACGGGAGGCCCAGAUGGUGAAGGAGCCCGCCAUGCUGCACACCACGGUGGCCCGACUGCUGCUGCCGCCCACAACGCAGCACUCCUCGGGAGCUGUCCGGGCUGCGACAACGAGCGGCAGGGUGGCUGUGGGCAGCAGCAGCGGUAGCAGCAGCUCGGGGCGUGAGCUGCUGCAUUCCGUUGCAGCAGCAGGGGAUGUCAGCACUGCCAACGUUAGCAGCAGCGCUGGUAGUGAGUCUGCAGAGCAGCAGCAACAGCACCACCCACAGCGGCGGAGGCUGCUUGCUGAAGCGGCGACAGGGUCUGAAACCGAGGUCGUUCAUAUUAAGACCGAGAAGACGGAGAGCAGCAGCGGCGGCUCGGCUCACGUGGCUGAGGUAGAGGGCGAGGUGGUAGUGGCCGCAGUGGAUGCGCUGAGUGCCACCCUGUGCGGGCUGAGAGCGCAGUUCUCGGAGGUUUGGUUCAUAGAGGAGCAGGACCUGCUAGCACUGGCGCUCAACGGUCGCUACGUGCGCCACAUAGCGCCGCUGCGGUGUCCGUCGGAGGAGGCGGGGGGACACAAGGGGCGGGAGGUGCUGCAUGGGGAUGGGGCGGCGGUGGCACCAGCGGCGUAGGGUAGACUGGAUGGUGAGGGCGGAUUGUGGGUUGUGUUUAUAAGAGGUUUGGGUCUUGGGGAGUUUUGGAGCCGUGGCAGCAAGCAAGGCUUAAGCUGUUGAAUGACAGCUUCCGGAUACCGACGUGACCCAAGUGGUAAACGGACCGCUGCAUGUGAUGUUACGGAGCAGUUAUUGGGCACGUUGCUUGUGCCAGACGGCAAGCGCGGCCUGUCGAAUCUGAAGCUGGGUACGUACCCGGGGCGCAUGCAAGGCAUAGACCACUUGGGCCGCCCUUGCGGGUGUCGUGAGCCCUUGACGAUUUUGUCAUUGCUCGGAGGCGCGUGUGCUUUGGGUUGUUGGGAAGGUUUUCCGCCUUGGAGGGCCUUGUGUGCAGUGUACAGAGUAGGGACUUGACAUCUUGGUUCGCAUACGACUUCUCCUCGCCUAGUCUUUGAGGUUUCAAUCGAGGUCUGGGGCCACUCAACGUACCAUGCCACCCUGUCUAACCCUCCGCCUCCCCCUUGCAUGACCAUUAGCCCCACCCACGUGCACUGGCAGCUCCACGUUGUCUAGCACCUCCUCGCACAAUCCCUCGGGGCGCUCUUUGGCUGUUCAGGCCACGCGGGCACAGCCCUUCGCACAUCCCCUCGAUGCCGGUAAGCUCUGGCUGGCCAGGCCAUGCAAGGACAUCCCUUCGCACAUCCCCUCUGGUGCACAUGACUGCUCAGGCCAUGCGGGUGAACCAGUCGCGAUUUCCUUGGCAAGCCCUUGGCUGCCGGUGUGCGGCCAGGGCUAAGCCACCAUGCGUUGCGGGUGGUGAACUGGUGGACCGGUCAUAUGUGCAGAAGGAUUGUGAAGAGGUGUUAGCCGCAGGAGGUGUUGUUUGAGGUACUGUGGUCGUGAGGUGGUAGGUACCAUGACGUGAAG